GGUUGCACAAACACAUGGCUGUCGGGUAUAUAUUACAAAUUAGAGCCCGAGAUGCAUUUUGGUCAUGGUCAGCCAAGUCUGACCACAAUGGCGGGACUUGGAAGCUACCAUAGUAUAGCGAUGUUAUACUGAAGUUUUUUUCAGAACAACAACAAAAAUAUGCACAACGCCAACUUCGCACACCCAACAAAAUGGCGGAGCAGCAGCAGCAACAGCCCAUCUACCUCUACACGACCCCCCUCCGUAGCCACAAAAAGCUCGGCGUGAAAAAGGGCCGCGACAUAUUCGGCCACUGGGCCAUCUGCAUCGAAGGGUACUGCUUUGAGCUGGCGGGCCGGACCGAGGAGGAGAAGAGGGAGGGCCACGACAGGUUCAAGAUCAACUGCCUGCCCGAGCAGCAGUGGAAGGACGGGAGGGAGCUCGGGGACGAGGUGACCGCCAAGCAGGUCGGCUACACCGUCAAGUAUUUUGCGCCGAGCACCAUCAAGGACAUAGGCGACCGAAUAUGGGCCAAAGUCCUCCAGCGCAAGUACGUCUUUGACGAGAACAACUGCCAAGUGUUUGUGCGGCUGCUGGUGGACCUGAUCGGCGACGGCGACGCGCAGAAGCGCCUGCCCAAGUUCUUCGACAAGUGGGUCAGGAGGGGCGGCAUCCUGCGCGACGUGGCCGUCGUGACGUUUGUCGGCGCCGCCGCCAUCACGGCCGUGGGGCUGACCGUCGUGUCCGCCGGCACGGCUGCCCCCGUCGCGGCGGCCGGGUUCGGGCUGGCGGCCAACACGGCGCUGCGCGGCGCCACAGGCUCGGCGAACCUCAGGUACGGCAAGGACAAGUUCAUGGUCAAGGCGCAGCAGGAGUUGAGGGAGGAGUUGACGGCUGAGGGCAUCAUCGGCUGAAGAGGCGGUUGCUGGGCGGUCGAUGAGCAGCGUGUUUGAUGAAUUAUGAUUGCUUUCAUUCUUCUUUUAGAAAGUUAGCUGGGUUUAUUUGGCAAGGUGUGUGGCGUACAUGAGGAUUGAUACAUCUCCCUAUAACAACAUUGUCAAUGUGUCUUAUAUGUAGUUGUGGGCUCUCACUAUUCAAACUGUGUUAAAUGUAUUGGCUUCCCGGGCCUUAAUUCCAAAAUAACGCCUGAAUAGUCCAAUAAAGAUUGAUCGCCAAAAUCUUUGUUCAUGUUUCGCCUGCCUCGUUUAUAUACAUUAGCCACAUC